UACCUUUUAUAUAAGCAAAUAAACGGUCAACACUAACUCACAUACAAGGGAAGUAACGAAAAUGGUUCGACGUGGAGUAUUGCUCGUUUGCGCACUAUCUGUAAUACUGAAUCAUGCCUUCAGUAUCCCAUUACAAAACAAUUUACCAUCCUUCGGUUCUGGAUCAGCAUUGGGCUUGACAAACGGACUUGGCACCGGCCUCCUUGGAUCAAAUAAACUUGGAUCAACCGCUGUUUCCGAAACAGUUGUUGGAUCAACUGUCGGUAACUUCGGUUUCAAUAACGAAGCACUUAUUGGCACCGGAUUUGGUCAUUUGGGCAAUCUUAACAGUGGACUUAUAGGAGGACCGACAUUCGGAAAUUUGGGCUUAAGCAACAAUUUGGCAUUGAACAAUGAUGUACUUGUCGGAUCAACUUUUGGAAACUUGGCCAAUAGUGCUCAGGGUGCUAUACUAACCGGGACUGUAGCUCAAGCUGUAGCACCGACUUACUCUGCCAAUAUUGCAGCCAAUACCCAAUUGUCUCCGGUAGUAACAGAAAUAGUGCCGAGUCUUGAAUUUGGUGAUCUUACCAUUGAUGGGGCGUUGCCAGUGGGUGGAGUUAUUAAAGUUAAAGGCACGUUCCCUGUUUAUGGGGUGAUCGGUGUUGAUGGUAGUCUACCGUCGUACGGUAUGGCCUACAUUGAUACAGGUAAUGGGUUGAUCCCUCAGUCGCUGGACUUAUGCCAGUGUUGAGUUGUUUGAGUAAUCGUUAAAAAAUAAAUUUUGUUGUUUCUUUAUAA